CAUACGCAAGAUUCGUUCAUGCGUUGUCACUUUAUGGGAAAUAUUAAAUGUUCGAAUAUUUUGGAAUCAUGCUGAUUAUUGGGAUUGAAACGAGGUUCAAUAGGUUAAAUCAUGAUUUUAUCGAUAUCAGUAUCGGCAAUAAUUUCCUUUACAAAUCUGGGGACCUUGUGAUCCUCACCUGAGAAUCUCGACAUUUGUUCUUCGUGCAUCUUUGGGGUGGGGGGGAAACGAAGAAGAAGAGGAGGAAGAGGAGGAGGAAAAGGAGGAGAAGGACGAGGAGGAGGAGGAGGAGGAGGAGGAAGAGGAAGAGGAAGAGGAGGAGAUCAUGGCUCUUAAGCAGGAGUUUCGAGCAAUCUUUUGACGAGAAAUAUAUUUUCUUUCAUAGACUAAAGUCGACAUUCUUCUUACUCUCUCUCUCUCUCUCUUUUUCUCUCUAACGCAUAUCUAAUUUUUCCACGAAGAAAAAAUUCAGUUUUCGUGUUUUAAACAGACGCGAAUAAUAUUGGUUGUCCCAUUUUUCGUAACGGGGUGCCAAUUCGUAGUCAUCAAAUUCAAGAUCGGAUGUAAGUGUACGCGUGUGCAACGGUGUAAGUUAAUUGGAUGAGAAGAAGAAAACUUGGACGGUGGACAAUAAGAGAAACAACAAAAUGGAUACUAAACCUCUGCGAAUCGUUUCCGGUCUUCUUUUUUGCAUCUUUGUGGGCUCACAUGUUGGACAGGCAAGAAAUGGAACUAAUUAUUAUGGAAGAGAGAUCGGUUCGUUCGCAAAAUAUGCUCACGGUAUCAAAGGGAUUAUAUACGCCGCAGAUGACACUACGAUAUUCAUAAAAGGAUUCUCUUAUGAUGGUACGGGUCCAGAUGCAUAUUUUUGGGUCGGUAACAGUUCUAGACCAAGCCCUAAUGGUUACAUCGUACCUUAUCCUGAAGAUUACAAGGGCAGAGAUCCACCAGUGUUGAAGGCGUACGACAAUACCGACAUUGUUUUAAAGUUACCACAGGGGAAACGUUUGCGAGACAUUAAAUGGCUGAGCGUUUGGUGCAGAAGAUUUACCGUCGAUUUCGGUGACAUUUUCAUCCCACCGGAUUUAGAGGUACCAAAGCCACGAGUGUUGCCUGAAUUUUCAAGAUUGGCACACGGCCUUCGUAGCGGUAAUAUCAGCAUCCUUGAUAGCAAAACUAUCUAUAUUCCAAAUUUGCAUUACGACGGUGCUGGUCCAGAUGCCUAUUUUUGGGUUGGAAAUGGCAUGGAGCCACAUAUUUUGGGCAUUAAAGUACCCAACGAAAUAGGAAGACGAGCAGUACUUCGGAGCCAGCAACGUCUAAACAAGAAUUAAGCAAUUGCAAGGAAUUUCUGGAAGGACGUGUACAAGUUCAAUGGGAAUUGAUGGGUGAGGACGUGCAGAUUCAAGUUUCAGGUCGUAUCAACGAGGACCAAUACGUGGCAUUUGGUCUAUCGGGACGUCAGGAUAAAUCCGAAAUGAUUGGUGGCGACGUAGUUGUGGUAGCUUACGACAAGAAAAAAGGAAAAUACAUUGCCGAGGACUAUUACAUGUCUGAUUUUUCUCAAUGCGAUGGGAAAAAGGGUGUCUGCCCUGACGAAAGGGUCGGUGGCAAAAACGAUGCGGUAUUGUUGCACGGUGAUAGAAGAAACGGUAUCACGACAGUAACGUAUAUGAGACCUUUACGCACGAACGAACCCGUAAAAGACAGGAUGAUCCCUGAAUCCGAGACUAAUGUGAUCGCUGCUAUUGGUCCUCUCAAUUCAAGAGGAGAAGCCAACGCUCAUCAGGCUUUCGACAAGACUACAGGGGAUAUACGUAUCGACUUUACGUCGAAAAAUGUCCACGAGUGUACUAAUUCCCUGUACAACACGCCAGACAUGCCUGACAUUGAACCCUGGCCACAAGCCGUGAUCAACGAUGUAGAUACCUUCAGUGCUAGGAUUGGACCAACCGGUGGACUUAGAGGAUAUUACCGUAUAACGGGUGAAGUUUCAUGGGGUAUCGCAUGGUACAUAAAUGAUCUAUUAAUACCAGAGAUCACUGUGGAAAGAGGACAAACAUAUACAUUUAUCGUAGAAGGUGGAAACGAUCCUGCUAAUCCGGCCAAGUAUCAUCCGUUUUACAUAACGGAUAGUCCUGAAGGUGGUUUUGGACAAAAAUCGGAAGCUCAACAAAAGCAACAAAGAGUGUUCGCAGGUAUAGACUACGAUAGUGAUGGCUAUCCUUAUCCAACUGCAGCUGGUCGUUAUUGCGAAUGGGUUCAUAAAACAAUUGACAAAAGUAAAGAAUCAGAAACGUUCCAAAUAUUUUUCAAAACAUUGAGACUGGAAUGUGUUCCUGGUGAUCCUUCCAAACUCGUAUGGACCGUUCCCCAAGAUGCACCUGAUUUAUUAUACUAUCAGUGUUAUACGCACAACAAUCUCGGUUGGAAAAUACACGUGGUAGAUGCUGGUUACAGAUCCCAAAGAAAUGCAAAUGACGCUAAUAAAAAUACGUCAAUAUCGACAAUAAUAAUUGCCUCUAUAAUCGUCGUCGCAUUUGCGUUUUUAAGAUGAAUUAAUUCGCCGUUCCUUUAAUAACUUUAAUGCGUUACUAUUAUUUCUCUCGUGCUAUGAAAAAUUAAAAAAAAAAAGAAGAAAAAAAAAGAAUAAGAAAAAGAAAGAAUGUAGGAAAACGUAACAAAACUUAUUAAAAUUAUAACGAACGGUGAUAAUGAAACA